AUGGCGGCGGUGCCGGGCGGGCUCUUCGCCGUCUACAAGCCGUCGGGGGUGGCGUGGGGCCGCGUCCGUGAGGCGGUGGAGACGCGGCUGCUGCGCGAGCUGAACGCGGCGCCGGGGCGCGCCCCGCGGCAGCACGUCCGCUUCCUGCCGGCCCCGGCCGGGGGCGACGGCGGGGCCACGGGGCUGGUGGCCGCGAGGGUGCCGGUGCUGGCCGACCACCCCCUCGUCCGAGGCCCGCGGUUCAGGCGGCUGAAGAUCGGAGCGGGUCACCGGCUGGACGUGAAGGCCUCGGGAGUCUUCGUACUUGGCAUAGGCCACGGGAACAAGCUGCUCACUGAUCUGUACAACUGCCACCUGACCAAGGUUUACACUGUCGGUGGGCUGUUUGGUAAAGCCACUGAUGACUUCUCAGACACAGGGAAGCUAGUAGAGAAGACAACGUUUGAUCAUAUCACAAGGGAGAAGCUGGAACGGAUUCUCGCUGUCAUUCAAGGAACAAAUCAUAAGGCCCUGCUGAUGCAUUCUAACAUUGAUAUGAAAACACAAGAGGCAUAUGAGCUGGCUGUCAAAGGGUUGAUUCGCCCCAUGGGAAAAAGCCCUCCGAUAAUCACAGCAAUCCGAUGCCUCCAGUUUGCACUUCCAGAAUUCCAGCUAGAAAUCCAUUGCUUGCAUGAGACUCAGCAGUACCUCCGAAAAAUAGUUCAUGAGAUUGGUCUGGAGCUGAAAUCAUCUGCCGUGUGCACACAAGUGCGAAGAAUACGCGAUGGUGUUUUUACACUGGAUGAUGCUCUCCUGAGAACCCAGUGGAACCUGCAGAGUAUACAGAAUGCAAUUUGGGACUGUCAGCUUAAAGUGAAAACAGAGUUAGAGAAAACACUAGGCCAUCAGGAUAAAAGUCUUUUUCAUAAGAUGGAUGCAGAGAUGGCCCACGCUGCAGACAGCUGAGUGUGUGCUACAGAGGGAACAUCCACAAGCAAUCUCUGUAGCGCAAUAACGCAGCUACAUGCUGACAGCAUGAUGGACAGCAGAAGGAAAGAGGUUAAUUGCGGUUCACUUCCACCCUUUUCUUGAGAUUACUUUAAUCAGAGAGGCAUUUUUUUCAGUGACAGGCUGUCCAUUUUUUUUUUUUUCUUACAGUAUCGCAAACAGUUCAUUAACAGGAGUUAGCUGUGCCAAAAUUCCUGUUGACUUCGGGAACAUUAGGUUGCUAAGGGAUAUAAAAACCCAUCCCCAAAUUGUUUAGCAGCAGGAAAUACAGCGUCUUACAGAGCUGUAUUCCCUUGACUGCACAGAUUUGUUUGUUCCUUGCAACUAGCAGCAUAACUUAUCUACUAUACUAUAUGAAUUUUAUUUUCCCUCUGUUGUCCUAGAGUAUUUUCUUUCCAUUAGCCCUGCUUUCAGACACAUGAGAGCUCAAAAUCAGACUAAAAGAGGAAUGUGCAGGAGAAAUCACAGCUUACACAAAGCAAUGCAAGGAAAUGGUUAUAUCCAGAGCAGGCGUGUGUGAUGAGGGAAGUGGCUUGUAAUAGGGACUGAUGUACAACAUCAUACACAAGAAAUAAAACUGAAAGCGAUCUGAAGGGGAAGAGGCUGGUUCUUGCUCAGUACUCAUCUGUGAGUACAUUGACUCAUU